CCCUUCUCCCCCCCCCCCCCCUCCUUCUUCUCUCCGAUCCAUUCGACUUUUAUUUCCAUAUGUCGCUUUGCGCAAUUGCGAAACCGCUCUAAUAGCAAAUACCCGUUACCAUGAGUCACCAAGCAGUAGCAAACAGCCGCGUGGCGAGAGUCUGGUCUGCGGGAGAGCACGAGAGUGCUGUACCCCAGAAAACGCCUGUUGACGCAUCAGCACGAACCGACGAGGCUUCCAGGGACCUGGCUUAUCAGUUUCUUAGAACGAACCGCACCGCUCGCCGUGUGGUGUUAGUCGACGACGAUUACUCCGUCAUACCCACCAGAUGCGCGCCAUCAAGAGAUCGCGUCACCUUCUCCUUUGAAUGUACUCGGCCCGAAGGCCGGCGUCACUCGUCCUUCGAGCCGGGGACAACCUCAGGCCUGGCGUACCGCGUCAAAGAACAGGCCAGCAAUCCGAGGAAGCAUCAGAGGGGGAGCCCUCCGCUCGACGACGUGGAAGAACAAAUGGAUUCUACGGAGGAGAGGCACUGCAAGAGGGUUUCCGGCGACUCAGGCUAUGGCUCCGACUCACGCCGCCGACGCCGCGAGCAAAGACGAGCUGCUUCCGAUGCGCAGAGAGUCAACAUUGAGAUGCUCUCCAAUAAGUCCAAGGUGGUUGUCACGAGCUGCCCGGCAUCCGACUCCGACAGCGACGAGACCUUGGGAAUCCCUAGACGGCCCAGGAGACGCCUCCGACGGCACAGCUUAGCAGCAGCCACCGAGACCACCAGCGAUGCGACAUCGGUAGCACCAAAUGAGCACCAGCAAUCAGUCGUGGAGACUACUGGUCUGACACGUUCUCCAUCCCAUUCGCCCAAAGGACUACGACGAGUCAAAGGGACAACUACUUUGCGGCCAGAGGUCGAUCCUCAGCUUCGGCCACUGAGGCCGGGGAUCAAGACCACGACGGAACCCAACACUAGUGUUUCGAACAGCCCUCAAGCCCGCAUACCAAGCCUUCUCCUCAAGACCUCGACGUGGUCUCCCACCAGCCAAGGCACAGCUCGACCCAUGGUCCAGAGACAGCCACGGCCGGUAUCUGGACCGCCCGCAUUGCCCGUAAACGGGCAUUCAACGGCCGUGCCGAAACUGGUGUUCUCGUCCGUCGAAGAGCAGUACGAAGUGUUCAACGAAAGCGGCGAUGAAUCCUCUGUGGAAUCCGGCAUGUUCUCGGUACCGAAUUCCCCGAUUGAGCCCUUUCAACUUGAUGACGAUGAUCCAUUCGUGCCGCACUUGGAUGCUGUCGUCACCUUCGCGUUCGACCGUUUCAGAGACUGGCAAGUUCGGCAAAGGGGGCAAAGUGGAAUGCAGGAAGGACGAAGUCAGGCUCGACGGGUCAGCUUCAACACGAAUGACUCUGGCCGCUCUUCGAGAAAGCGAUCGCACUCCGGCCUCCCCGAUGACCCUGCUUCAGACGACGACAUCCAGCUGGUUCCAGGACACAAGAGGCCAAAGGUCCCCGCGCCUCCUGCGAGGACGCUCGCCUGUCCCUUCUGGAAGAAAGACCCCGACAACCACCGGCAAUGCUACAAGAAGGUCCUCAGCAGGAUCAAAUACGUCAAGACCCAUCUGUACCGCUUCCAUGCCGCCCCGAUCACCUGCCCCUGUUGCGGUGCCGAGUUCCAGAGCGAGGACGUGCGAGACGAACACCUGCGGGCCAGGCGCUGCGAGGUCGUGGAGCCGGUCUACAUCGCGAACCGCGGGGGCUUGGCUCCUGGGCGGAUGAGGCAGGUCUCGAAACGGGCGGAUCCGAGGCACACCGAGGAGGAGCAGUGGUUCGUGAUUUGGGACACCAUCUUCCCCAACACCCCGCGUCCCUCCUCGGCCUACAUCGACGGCGUCCUCUCCGAAGACGUCUGCAGCUUCCACGAGUUCCUCGCCAGCUCUGGCAACGACAUUGUCGUCAGCUACUUCAGCGCCCACGACCCCGACUUCGCGCGCGGAGACAGGGCAAGCCUGUACGAACGCUUCGUCAGGGACGGGGUGCUCGAGAGGAUCUACGAGGAGUGGGCCGCGCGGAGGGGCCUGCGGCAGCCGCCCCACGACGCAAUCGACCUCACGCCGCCGCAGUCGGAUCCCACCGAGUCCGAGAACCCGAGCCGCGCGUCCUCGGCGCACGGGAACUCGUUCACGCAGGGACCCCCCCCGCAGACGCGCCCGGCGGAGGACAUCCAGCCCGUGCCGGCGACCGACCUACAGUUCGCCGGCCAGGGGUUCGGGGAGUUCGACUUUGGGAUCGGCUUGCGCUACGACUCGCGCGAGCAGGACCUUCUCCUCGACGACCUCGAGAGUAUGUUUUCCGGCGCGGACCAGCAGCACGGCUGGGGAGGCCCUUCGGCGACGUCGUCCAUGAGGUAGGUAAAUGUUGUGCAUGUGAGACUGUGAGGCUUGGGGUUUUGGCCGUCAUGAAAUGCGUCCGGAACCGGCGCCGGAGCCGGAGUCAAAUUGGGAAGGCAAUGGUGGACGUCAACGUUGAUAGUUAUAGCGAUGAACAACAUGCUCGAUAGAUAUAAAGCAUACCGUAAUCAGCCUCUCCCCUCUUUCUUGACCAAGUUCACUCGUUAAACGUACCAUCCGGCCGAGUCCAAACAUGGUCCACGUUGCUUGCCCUGUGGGACACUUCCAUCUGCAUCUGCCUUUGACUUCUUGUGGCAGUCGACGUUGGCUGGAAUACAAGCCGAACCUUAUCUCUGAAGCGAUACAACACGUCCAUACCUCACGAACGUCGCCAGAAACAAGGGCCAUCCAUAGAAUACCCGCAAUCAACAACCCCCCUCCCCUGCCGUGCACGAGUGUAAGAGCCAACGUCCGGUUCUCGGACCUCGAACAACGACGUUGGCACCAGGGGCUGCGUCGUCGAACACGACUUGAAGAUGCCAGCUUCAUCUCAGAUCUUUCGAGAGGAGUUGAAUUCCGGAGGGCCAGAUCGACCCCCCCCCCAACAAUACAAGACAGCCUAGGGGGGGAAGGGUCAUAAGGAAUCUUCAACCACCAAGCCUCACGUUGCUGUUCCUUGGGUCGCUUGCUUCUAUCCGUAUCGUCCAAAAUCCUUCCGUGGCACGGAUUCGAAAGAUGUGGCAUCUCGUUCCCCAUAUUGGUCACCCUGCCCGCCGACCAUGCCAUCUUCACCGGUUGUAGCUGGCCCACUCUUUUGACGCGAAAAAAAUAACCGUCCGAAGCCGCGGUUUGCAGGCAAAUAUAUGGCACCCAGGAUCUGAUGGCGCCUGCUCCCC